AUGAGCUCCAAGUCCGAGUAUACUUCAGAUCAGGAUGCUUAUGACAUGUCAGAUGCACGUCUGGCUCUGACCCUGUGUAUCACCAAGAACCGAGCAGGAUCAGAGACUGAUGUGCAAGCCCUAGAGAAGAUGUUCAAGACCCUGGACUUUAAGAACACAGUGAAGAGGAAUCUUCCAGCUAAGGGUUUCUGGGAGGAGCUAGAAAAGUUCAGAGAUGACAUGGACCAGAUGAAAGACCCAGUGAGCUGCUGCUUUGUGGUGCUCAUGGCCCAUGGCGAGGAAGGCAUACUGCAAGGGGUUGAUGGCAAUACCAUUCGACUGGAGGAACUCUUUUGUAUGCUCACCAACAAGAACUGCCGGGCCCUUCGGGGCAAGCCCAAGGUGUUCAUUGUACAAGCCUGCAGAGGAGAUCAGAAAGAUGCUGGUGAAGUGGUGAAGCCAAAUUCGACUGGAGGGGAUGUCCUCUUGACAACAGAACGACCUCCCAAACUCCCAACUUUCUCAGAUAGUCUGCAUGUCUAUGCCACAGUGGAAGGGUACAUUGCCUACCGGCAUGAAGAGGAUGGUUCCUUUUUCAUCCAGACUUUGACAGAUGUGUUUGCUAACAUGAAAGGCAACAUCCUGGAUCUCCUGACUGAGGUGACUCGGCGCAUGGCUGAUGCUGAACUGAUGAUAGGAGGCAAGCCUAGGAAAGUGAAUCCUGAAGUUGAUAGCACUCUCCGAAAACUGUUGUAUCUGCAAUAA